AUGGCAACUGUUCGAAAAACUAAAAAACCCAAAACUAAUAGCUUUACCUCCAUUUUGGAUCAGGUUCUCAAUAAAUAUAACCUAUCGGCCGAAUCAAACCUGCUUCAAUUAUGUGCUCACGCUAAUGAGCUUAGUACUAUGUUACCGGAUUGGAAGGCUCGUAAAGAUGUGAAAGAGGCUCUCUCUCUCUAUUGUGCCAAAACUGGUGAUGAGUGGGAUAUUUAUAUCCAUGCUCUCGAUUUAGGUUUAAAAACUGGUAUUGCUCAAGAACCUAUUGAUAUUUAUGCUAAACUUCCGGGUGUUACCAUGGCUUCUAACAAAAUUCAGAAAGAAUGGACUGAACAAGAUGUAGCCAAUAAUCAGUUAAAAAUUCCACCACAUUUCUCCUUAGAAAAAGGACUUAAAAGAAUUCAAAACAUUGAUACUACCAAAGAUUCCUUAUUACAGAAUCUCGCAGAUGUAAUAAUGAUGUUGUGUAUGAGACCUGCUGAAGUAUCCAGCCUUCAGAUUGAUCACUAUAAAGUUGACCCAUCUAAUCCUUCGGCAUGGUAUAAAAAUAGUUAUUCUUGGUAUUGCACUGAAUAUGCUCAGAAUAAAGAAGAAAAUAAGAAUGAUCCAGAACCUCGCCCAUUCCUAUCAAUGGAGAAGAACCCAGAACGUGCAAUAGCAUUGCUUAUCUGGAUUCAAGAGGCUAUAAAGGCCAGAAAGUUAAGUGAUCCUACCUUUAGUAAAAAUGGAAAGCGCAAUACUAGAGCAUUUAGCAAGUUUUUGAAGCCUUAUAAAAUCAUGCCUAAAAUAUUAAGAAAAAUAGGAGAAAAGCAUGCCUGCAAAGUUCACGGUGGUCCAAACCCAACUCAUCAGCAUCUUGAUCUUCUUAACAGAAUAGCAUUGAGGCAUAAGAUUGUUCGUCUAGGUGUGGGAAAGAAUUAUGCUAUAGGUGAUACAAAAUCAGAAGACUUUGAUCUCGAAUCCGAAUCUGACCAAGUGCCUAGCCCAAUCUCUGGAUCUCAGGCCUCAUCAUUCCAACCUGAAAACAAUAAUUCUAAUUUCUUCGAAUCUCAAAUAGCAGAAAUUGAUUCAAUGCUAGCUAGCUUCUAA